GAAGAAAUAUAAAAUUCAAAAUGGACGACGAGAAAUGUCCUUUACAAUAUCACGAAUUCAAAACUUUAGACCACGGCAAGAUGUGCCCGUCGUAUUCCUCGGUCUUAAAAAAGUCCGUGGAUCAAGGCGUGACUGUAGAGGAUUUAACUAUGCUACAAAGUGAUCUGGAAACGCUUCUCGCCGCUGUAAAUCGACGUUCGAGGCUUUUGGAAUCUGAAAACAAGGUUUUAACUGACUGGGUUGACAGAAAGGACAAGAAAGGCUCGAGGCAGAAAGAAUUGGAGAUUCUAAACUCGUUAAAACGAUGUAAACCAACUUCUGGUGACGAAAGGGGCAGCAAGGUAUAAAAUGGUCUAUUUCACUAUUUCAGUUGCUUGGCAGACAGCCAGACACUAGGCGGGGGCAGGGGGCACCCCCUUCCCCCCAAAUAUAUAUUGAGGAAGCAGGGUCGGAUCUGGCCUGAUUUAUUAGAGGGUGUAUAGGUUUUGAAAUUUGAAGCCCUGAAAUGCCACAGUACUUGUAUUUUCGGGCAAAAAUUAAGAAAAGUGCUACAUUAGGCUAUGGGAAUGAAAGUCUCUGAUUUGCAUUCACCGCCUGUGUGCUCCAAAAGCUACCGCAUGAAAAUUUCAUUGUUCAGAAAAAUAUUAAUUAUUUGCGAAAAAAACUAACCGUUGCAGAAUUUCAAGUUCCAAAUUGCCAAACAGCAGUAAAACUGCCUAUUUCGCAUUCAUAUAAAAGCAGUGUAUCUGUAGUUCGAUAAUUUCCAGUACAGACGUCAUUUUCAACAUAAUAUAUUUGGUGCUUCCAGGAAAAUUUCAUGAUAUUUAAGGAAAUUUCACUACGAGAAGAGGAAAUUUGGAUUUGAAAGUGGAAGCACCAGCUUAAGAUAUGAUAUGAAAAUUUAACGAACGCAAAUCGGAGACUUCCAUUUCCAUGGCCUUCAUAUGGUGACCCGCCAUAUUGGUGCUUGAAUAUUUUCUCACGUAUUUGAAAAUCAAUUGUUUCAAUAUAAUAAGUAAUGUUCACAACUCAAAUAUGGAAAACCAGAGUUUUCUUCAAGGGCUGGACACCACUACGGGGGGGGGGGGGGGGGUCUCAAAGUUGUGUAUAAUAAAAUGCUUCAUUAUUACUUUUCAGAGGCAAAAACUGGAUGACAAAACUACAGCCCUUGCUCAAAAAGUGAAAGGAAAUAAAAAAUCAUCAAACACAAAGGGCGACUAUUUUGACCAAGAUGAUGAACCAAAUACCAUCAAGUCAAAAUCGAUCGAUGCGCCGAAUCGGUUUUGGGCAACUGUCGAGCCAUAUUGUGCCGACAUAACCCUUGAAGAUUUAAAAUUUCUGGAGGAUUCUAUCAAGUCGUCCGAAGACAACUCUGAGUACUACAAAGUCCCCUCCUUGGGAAAACAUUAUAGUGAAAAAUGGGCGGUAGAAGAUUUGGCUGAUGAACAGGAAUUAGGCAAGAAAGCUAGCGAGAGAAAACAAUCCAUGUUAAAAUCAAGUAACGCUGAUAAUGUUAACGAGGUGAUGUUGAUGGACAUUAUGAAAAGAGGGGCGGAGAGUGUGGAUAUACCAGCGGACGAAACUUGUCCAUUUGGCCCUCUAACACAGAGACUCAUAAGUGCGUUUGUGGAGGAGAAUAUUAUUGCACCAAUAACAGAAGAGCCGUUGGAUACAAAGGCGUCGGGGGAGAGUGGUAAAGUGGCACUCCCGACAGGAACCAAAUUGAUGCACGUCCCGCAUGCCCGCACCCUUGAGGUUAAGAUUCAGCAGGAACUUGCCGCACAGGGCAUCAUCGAGAAAUCCGAUGACAACGAAGUUGCUAACGAGGAUGGUGGUGACGAAGUCCUUAAUGAACUUAAAAAAAGACAAGCUGAAAUGCAGGUGUUGGUAGCGCUGAAUCAGAAAAUGAAACGAGAGUUGCUCGAGAUCGGACAGACGGAAAUGCGGAAACAGGAGUUGCGACAUAGAGUGCAAUCGGCCGAUGCGGAGGUGCUGGAAUGGUUCCGAAAGUUUUCAACGUACAAGCAAAACAAAAAGAGCCCAACCAAGAGGGAACGCGAUAUGGCCAGUAACGCUCUUAAAGAAAGGGAGACUAUUCUACGUGUCCUCAAUUCAGAAGAAUUAUAAGGCAAAAAAAAAUAUGUGGGUUUCCGGUUUCCCGACCCUACCUAGCUUUUGGACGUCGAAAUCCCGACCCUAAACUUUUUUUUUGGAUCAUGCUUGUAAGUGUUUCCACUUACAGGAAAAAGUUUGUGGAAAAUUGAAAUUUGAGACAAUAUUAGGGAAAUUUAUCUUUUGAUGUGGAAGCACUAACUAAACAAAAUGGCGCCCGGUUGUUAGGAAAAUUUUAAAAAAGUUUUAAAAAAAAAGUUAAAACCGACCUACCCUACCUAAGUUUUUAUAAGAAGAAACCGGAAACCCACAUAUAUUUUUUUUUUGCCUAAGUAGGGUUUGGCUACAAAUGUUAUACAGCCUUGUGUAAGGUCUCAGAGUAGCAAACAAUAUGGUCUGGAAAAUUAUUGAGACUGCUUUUGCCCAUUAUCAGGCUCCUAUUUCGGGCCCGCCUUUGGCAAAAUAUUUCAUAAGAUAUUGUAUAGAAUCAGAAAGCAGAACCAUUUCUGUAGAUUAGGGCUUGGGAGCUGUUUAUGUGGAGCUGGGUGGUUAAAUGAGAUGAUUUGUUUUAAUAAAGGUUUCACUUUGAUAAAGAUCCAAACUCACAUUUCAAAGUCUGGAUGAGUCCGGCUCAUAUCAACAGCCCAUCAGCAGUUAACUGACAGCUACCACUGCGAUAAAAUUUGUUGAUUUGUUUCAUUAUAUGUCAUGUAUUCCUAGUGUUCUCUCUCUCGGAUCUCAAGACUCAGAGACACUCGCACUACAAAAUUUCUGAAAAUGAUUGUAAGCCA